AUAUGGUUUGUCGAAUCACCAUUCUCCAGAAAAAUGUCAACCAGAUUCCGGUAAUUACCACCGUCCGUACCAUCCUAACCGUCUAUAUAUAUAUACAUACAGCACAAACCCAAAGCUAUGCAAUUCUACUUUCACAUACAGACACAUCCCAACUAGCACUACAAAGAGAGAGAGAGAGAGAGAGAGAGAGAGCAUGGCAGAAGACUUUCAAGCUGGGGUUUGCAACUCAACGUGGUGGAAUUUACCGAAAAGCCCACUUGGGUACUGGCCGAGUAGUCACGACCAUCUGGUGGAGAUGAGUAACGCUAGGUCUAGCGAUGACUCCGGCGGCUCGGUGGUUUCCGACCAGCAACCGGAUUCCGGCGGCGGCGUUUGGAUGGAUUCUUCUGCCUUGGAAAUGAUGGGUAUUAAUGGUAUUUCAUCACCAACAUCACCUACAACAACUGAUUGGAACCAUACUCUAUUCGGAAGAAGGGAAAGUGAUUACAAUUCUCGAAUGAUACAAGAAGAUCACAUGAAUCCAAGGCUGGAUUUCGGGCAAGAAACCGGGUCGGAUUGUCCAUCUAAAAUCCAAAAGGAGUGGAGUACUGGUACUACUACAAAUGGAUUCAACCAAACAAAUCAAGAUUUUUCAGUACUAGACCAUCAAUCUUCACAUGGUUUAAUCCCUUCAAUAUUGCUACAAACCCUAUUUGAUAGUACCAAUCCUCAACCACAACAAUCUCCUCUAUUCGACAACCGGUCCACGAAAUAUUCAGACGAAUUUCCUCCUUUGGAAAAAUUCUCUCCCUUGGUACUAAAAGGUUCGUUCACAAAACAACCCGCGGUUAGCAAUCCAUUGAAUUUAACAACCACAUCGCCUUUCUGGAAUACCUCCAAUGCAUCUGUAAAAGAUACCCGCGCUGGCUUUCUUCCUUCAGUUCAAACACAGUUUCUUCCAUCAACGUUUGAGGAGAAAUCCAUUCGCCCCAACCUCAUUGCGAAGGCUAAUAAUGAAGGGGUUCAAGACUCUUGUAAUAAAAAAAGUAGUGGUGGACCUGUAUUCAAAAGACCGCGAAUUGAAACACCAUCGCCAUUACCCACUUUCAAGGUCCGAAAAGAGAAGCUAGGGGACCGAAUAACUGCUCUCCAACAACUGGUUUCUCCUUUUGGAAAGACGGAUACCGCAUCAGUUCUCCAAGAAGCUAUUGAGUACGUCAAAUUCCUCCAUGAUCAAGUGAAUGUUUUAAGUACCCCAUACAUGCAAAAUGGAGCUCCCGUGCACCACCACCAACAGAUGUUUGAUAAACUGAAUAACACUGAAGGGACAAAACCAGACUUGAGAAGCCGCGGGCUUUGUCUGGUGCCGAUAUCAAGUACUUUUCCGGUUGCCAAUGAGACCCCAGUUGAUUUUUGGACACCAACAUUUGGAGGGACAUACAGGUAGAGCAGAGAAUUAGAGAAGAAGAAAAAAACAUCCAACUGUAUAAAAAAGAAAAAUUGCAAAAAGAAAAAGAAGAAUAAGCGGAAGAGGAAAGCUUGGGAGCCACAAUGCUGUAUUGAAGAAAGCUUGAGCAAAAGCAAGAAAAAGGAGAAAAGGAAGUGACCCCUCAAGCCAACUGGAUGUAGGACUAUAUCAAAUAAUUAGUCAGUAUUUUAUUCCCUCAGUUCCAUUUUGUUUUCUCCUUUUGAAAAAAAAAAAAAGCAUUUUUUUCGUGUACUAAAAAAGUAUAUUUCCGUGAACGUUUCUUGAACUUUUUUGGUAUCGACUAGAAGAUAUAAUUGAGCCAUUUUAAUCGGUGUAAAAAAAGUUUGAAAAAUUAGCCACGGAAGUACACCUUUUUUUUUUCUGAGAGAAGAUGGAUGUUUUUCAAAAACAGAAAACAAAAAAUGGUAAUGGAGGGAUUAGGGCAGUCUUUUUUUUUUUUUUGGGCGAAAGUCAACUUUGGUAGUUUCAAUUAGUUCCGUUGAAGUGGGAUAGGAACGGGAACAAGUGCUAAAUUUAGCAGAAGUAAUUCCAGAUUAGCUCGUAGUUUAUCGUUUGUUGGUUGAGCUAAAUUUAGCAGAAGGAAGGCCAUAAAACAAGGGAUUUUUGUUCCUGUUUCUAUUAUAUGUGUUAUUGUAGGGUACGUAAUUAGCACCAACUCUUUUUUUUUUUCAUCAUGUGAAAGAAAGAAUUGGGGAAAAGGAUAGAAGAAAAAAAAAAAGAGAUUUUAGUAUUGAAUUCUUUAACAGCAAAA